GCGGGCAAUGAUCCGCUUUUUGCAACUUUUCCACCGCCAUCAGGUGAACAUCUCACGAGUGCGCCACGAGAUCACACGACAAGAUGUCCGACAUGGAUGUCGCCGAAGAGAGAGAUCCUCUUGAAGGGCUGGAGGACCGCCUUAAAUCUCAUGCACAGGCAUUUGAGUCUCUGCUCGCCCUCACUCCUGCUCGUGAAUAUUACGGCAGUCAAAUUGUCGAUGGCCGCGACCCUAGUGAACAGUGGAAUCGGAAGAAACAGACCAAGGAAGAGAAACGAGCAGCGCGAAAGGCGAAGCUGGAUCCCGCCAAUCAGAAGAGCGCUCUGGAUGUGAUUCGCGAACGGGAAUCGGAGGUCAAGGCGAAGAGGAAGCGGGAGGAAGACCGGGAUGCUGCUGAAGAGGUUGCGGAGCAGACGGGCAGUCAAGACACCAAGAGACGGCGAAAGUCGGACGACACCGAUGCUGCUGAUGCGAAGGGCCGAGAAAAGGCUGAGAAGAGGAAGGAGAAGCGACUGCGAAAGAAGGAGAAGGCUGAGAAGAAGAAGGCAAAGGCCGAAUCUAGGAAAGAGAAGAAGGACGAGCAACAACUCGCAAGCGUGCAAUCUCGGCGGAAUGGCGAGCCGGACGGAGUUGAUGCAGACGGUGACGAGGGACUACCCACUGACAACCCCGAUGAUCUCGAAGGCUUUGAUGCUUCUGGCCUCGCUGAUCUUGAUGCUGGCAAAGAGGAGGACGACGCUGACUCGGUACAUUCUUCCGCACCCACCACACCCGUUCUCGAGAGUCCCGCCUUUGACGUCGCCACGAACCACUCAACCGCUUCCUCCUCCUCAUCGAUUGACGCACCGUCAACGGCAGAUGGCGCAAACAACGAAAAGAAAACAGUAGCUGCUGCUCCACCACAGCCCAAGAUCGAUACCAGCGUAGCCAACUCGGCGAGAACAAAAGACCUACCUUCCGGCACAUCCUCACCCAAAAUUCAGCUCCCUCAAAUCAACGACGAAGAGCUCCAGGCUCGACUCCGCGCACGCAUCGAGGCUCUCCGCGCCGCCCGCAAAGCCGAUGGCCCAGACGGCAAACCCGCCAAAAGCCGACAAGAGCUGCUAGACCAAAGGCGCAAGAAGGAAGAACAGCGCAAAGCAAACAAAAAAGCACAGCGCCAGAAAGCCAAAGAAGACGAGCAGCGAAGACGCGAGGAGCAGCUCCGAGGCAGCGGGAGUCCGCUAAGUCGCGUAGGCGACAUUUUCAGCCCGCAACCGCGCGAGAACAAUUUCUCCUUCUCGCGACUCGCGUUCGAGGAUGGCUCGGCCGCGAAUGCGGACAUGACGGAGCUCCGCGACGCGAGGAAGAAAAAGGGUCCGCAAGAUCCGCGGACGGCGCUGCAGGCGGCCCAGAACCGCGAGGCCAAAAUCGCGGGCUUCGAUGAGGAGAAGCGGGCGAAUAUUGCGGAGAAGGACAUGUGGUUCAAUGCUAGUAAGAGGGCGCAUGGCGAGCGUGUCAGGGAUGAUACGAGCUUGUUGAAGAAGGCGUUGAAGCGGAAGGAGAAGCAGAAGUCCAAGUCGGAGCGGGAGUGGAAGGAGAGGGAGCAGGCUGUCGUCAAGGGCAAGGAGGUGCGGCAGAAGAAGAGAGAGGCGAAUCUGGCGAAGAGGAGGGAUGAGAAGGGGAAGAGUAAGAAGGGGGGUGCGAAGAAGAAGCCCGGGAAGGGCAGACGGCCGGGGUUUGAGGGCAGAUUAAAAGUAUGAAAU